AUGCCCACUUUUCAACCGUCAGAGCAUGGCGAUGACGAUGGAAGCGAUGCUGCCGGUAUUGAUGAAACUAUUCGCGUCAGCCAAUUCAGCAGCAGACAAGCAAGCGAACAUUCGGGUAAUGCUUUCGACAUUACCAGCCUAACCGACUUGUCGCGUGACGACAACGAUGAAUUGAUGCAAGAUCCAUUCUUCGCACGCUCCGCCACCAAACGGGGCAGACGCAACACAGUCAUCCGUACGAUGAAACGAGAACUGGAAGCAGACUAUCCCCCGGAGCUACUGUACCAGAAAUCCUUUGCCGAUCUUCAAGCCGAGCCCUUCGAAAAAAUACCAUCCCCUCCCCCAACAGCCAGAUCACCUUCGUUGCCACCAGGGCCGCCUCUUGUGCCGAAUUUUCACUCUCCCAAUGAUGCCGUAUCCGAGCUUCUACGGUCUGCAGAAGAAAACCGCCCGGCGUACCUUUCACGCAUGUCUGUCGAUGAGUGGGAAGACUGUGGAGACCAGCUAAUCGACCGAUUCAGCCACCUCCUCACGGAGAUGAAGAAUUUGCGUCGGGCUCGCCGUCAAACAGCUGCAAUUUUUGAAGCCGAGAUGCGGCGUCGUCACGAAGAGGUCGAGGUACAAGAUGCAGAGUUAUCGACGAAGCUGAACGAAAUGCGGACUGGUGGUGUCGAGGUCCUCCGAGGUCGAUCGAAUGGAUGA